GUCAGAUACAUAGGAGACGAGGUUUUUAUUCCUUCGGAGGUGUACGGGUCCCGAGUAAACUCUUUUGCUCUCAAGAAAAUAAGUAAUGCUGUCGUGACGUUCGUGCAGUAGGAUUGUGCUUCUUAGGAAGACAGCGUUCACAGUCUCCCUUUGCGUUCUUUCAAAAAACGGUAGCAUUUUGCACUCGGCAACUCUAGCCAUUUUUCUACUUCGAUACUAAACAAACGUGCCUCCUGUAAUCCGCAAUGGCGGAGACAAAUGGGGCCGCAAAUUUGAAUACGAAAAAUGGAAAUUUCAUCUGUGGCGUUGUUGAAGGUUUUUACGGUCGCCCGUGGACCACUGAACAAAGAAAGGAUCUGUUUCAAAAAUUAAAAAAAUGGGGGAUGGAUUCGUAUUUGUAUGCACCAAAAGAUGAUUACAAGCAUCGUGCGUAUUGGAGAGAUUUGUACACAGUCGAAGAAGCAGAACAUUUAACAGGACUUAUAACAGCUGCCAGAGAGUGUGGUAUUACAUUCUAUUAUGCGCUGUCUCCUGGCUUGGAUAUUACUUAUUCGAGCUCAAAAGAAGUGACCAUAUUAAAAAGAAAACUGGAACAAGUUAGCCAAUUCGGUUGCACUGCAUUUGCAUUAUUAUUUGAUGACAUAGAACCCGAAAUGAGCGAAGCUGAUAAAGAAGUAUUUCAAUCUUUUGCUCACGCACAAGUUUCUGUAACAAAUGAUAUUUUUCAACACCUCGGUCAACCCAGAUUCCUGUUGUGUCCAACACAGUACUGUGCAACUAGGGCAAUGCCGAAUGUAGCAUCUUCGGAAUAUCUUAACACAUUGGGGAGUAAAUUAGCUCAAGAAAUCGAUAUAAUGUGGACUGGCCCCAAAGUAAUAUCUAGACUUUUAACUGUUGAAUCCAUCGAAGAAAUUACAGAGGUUUUGAGGAGGCCACCGGUCAUAUGGGAUAAUUUACAUGCUAAUGAUUAUGAUCAGAAAAGAGUAUUCCUAGGACCGUAUUCAGGCAGGUCUCCUGAUUUGAUUCCUAAGUUAAGAGGAGUUCUAACAAACCCCAACUGUGAAUACGGAGCAAAUUUCAUAGCAAUUCAUACUUUGGCUCAGUGGAGCAGAUGUAAUGUUGAUGGGAAAAGGGAUUUGAGUUUGAAUGAUACUGUAUCUGCUGACAUAAAAUUGGAAACUGAAACAGAGGACGGAGUGCUCGAGGACAUACCUUCAACAAUGUCUCCAAACAUAUAUCAUCCUCGACACGCUUUAAAAAAUGCCAUUAACGAUUGGUUACUGGAAUUUAACAAAAAACGCAAUGUAUGGGGUGUCAUAGCGAAACCACAGCCAUGCGUGGCACCCACGAUCCCGAUUCCAAUAAUUCCUUCCGUGAAUACCUGUAUGAGCCUUACAGCGACAACGACGACUACUGUUCCCGCGACUCCCGCACCAGUAACUAACUCCAAUCACCUUCAGGCAUUGGCUGAAGUCUGUUCAACCGUUCCAAGCGCUGACAAUUAUGUACAGCCUUCUUCUGGUCCCGUUAUGAAUUCUUUGGUAUCCGAUACAACAGUUAUCAGCGAGCCCAUUAUUCCAUCAAUUUCUUCUGCUGUGGAAAAUGUAACGAGUUCAAAUACAUUGUCGUCCAUGGAGCCAAUGGAUUGUAACACAACUCCUAACAACUCCCCGGCUCACACAGCGAAGAUUCAAACGGAGGAUGAUGCUAUGGUUGAAAAUAUUUCAACAUGUAGCGACGCAUCCGGUAGUAUGCAAGUGGAAGUGGAUGGUAGUUCUCCUGCAGUAAAUGGUACUCAAAUGAUCGUUGAAAACGAUAGUGAAAAUCAUGAUAGCGGUGACAAUGGUGAUCAAGAAUCUCCCGAUGUUGAUAAGAGACUGACGCCUGAAGAUCUUUCUCUGCUAUGUGAUCUGUUUUACUUACCGUUUGAACACGGUGGUCAAGGCAUCCAGUUGUUACAAGAAUUUAACUGGUUAAAGAGCAACGCUCAUCUUGUUAUGAGAAAACCGAAAGGAGAUGAAACUACAUCUCAAUCCGACAUCGAAGAAUGGCAUGCACGCGCAGCUAAAUUAAAUGAUAUGUGUAACGCUGUAAAUAGACUAUUUCAGCGACUUACAUAUUGUAACAAUCGUGAGUUGUUAUAUGAUCUAUAUUCAUAUGUGUGGGACAUGAGAGGAGUCGUGUCUCUGUUAAACAGUUAUGUGAAAUGGUUGGCGUUUGGCAGAUUCCCGUCGACGAUGACUACGUUUACCCAGGGAAGCUACACAUGGUUCUCGAAUGGCUGGAAAGAAACUUUUAUGAGCGGAGAACAAGAACCAUGGGUGUUCCGUGGAGGUCUUACAGCUGAUCUACAGAGAUUAAUUCCAGUGGACAGUGGUAAUGAUUUAUUUGUUUACAAAGCACCAGAAGUGCCCACUAGUAAAAUCUAUACGAUUAGGCCUUACUUAACAAGCGAUGAACACGCAGUGUAUUCUGUAUGCAAUAAAGUAUGUGGCUGUAUGGCAUCUUCUGCAGUUGCAGAUAGAUUAGUUGGAGGUUUCUUAACUUUGAGUCCGGAACUGUGUAUGAUUGUUGAAGAUGAGAGCGGUGUGGUAGGUUAUGCACUAGCUGCCUUAAAUGUAAAAUCUCAUUAUCAGAAAUUAGCAGUUUCUUGGAUUCCUGAAUUGCGGAUGAAGUAUCCGUUAGAUGACAAUAUAAAUGAUUUACCACAGGAUAUUCAGGACUCCAUACGAUAUUUCCAUUCGUUCGUACCGGAUGUACCUGAACAAUUGUGCAGGCAACAUCCGUCGAAGCUGUAUUGCGCUGUGUUGCCAAAUGUUAUGGACCAAUCUGUCCCUAAAAGAUUAAUUACUUGUAUACUUGCCGCUUUGAGAGCAAAUGGUUCCUUUGGCGUACACACUACAAUGUCAAUCACUGAUAAAGAGUCUCACGAGUUUUACAGUAAGCUUGGUUUUGUCGAUUUGAAUCCAGCACACGAGGAAUAUCCUGGCAUCAAGACUAUGUGCAGAAGUUUCUAACAAAGAGUGAGUACACCAGUGAUAUUUGUGAACAAAGUGUAUUUACUUGGACCAUCAUCGAAGAAGGCUUCUGUGGCCUAAGAAUUAAGUUCAAGUGGCAUAGAAGUAUGUUUAUUUCUAAGAAAAAAAAGAAAGGCCAGAAUGCUUUCUGUCCAUUGUAUAUUUUUGUACAGUGGACAGAAGGUGGUUUCUUGACUUCUCAACGAGGAGAGAAAAAAAUACAGGCAGACUUUGCAUUAUACUAUCUUUAAUGACUUCCGUUCUGAGAAGCUGUCCUAUAAGAUAUCUGCCUUCUUAUAUCAUAUACAAUGGGUGAUCAAAUUAUUCGAGCCAUGGUAUGAAAAAUGGGUUUAUCGUGUUUGUGUAGAAAUAGAGCCACAAUUUUAAGGUUUUUACAUUAUGUAAUUUUUAAUCAAUAAUUCUCCGCUAUUAAUAUACAAAAAAAUACUUAUAAAAAUAAUGUUAGUAUUUCGUAACGCCGCCUUUUGCUGCAAUUACUGCCUCAAUUCAUUUCGGCAUACUUCGAUGCAUUUUAAGCAAUUCAUUUUGAUUGCUUUAUUUCUAGCCCAUACUUCUAUCAAUCGUUCAAUCAAUUGACAUUUAUUACUAAUAAUAUUUCCACAAAUUUUCGAUGGGGUUGAGGUCCGAAGAAUUUCUAGGCCAGUCAAGAACUUUCACUUUUUUUUCAACUAUAUAUCAUAAUUUUACAAGUAUCAAUACAUCAAAAAAAAAUAAUAAAAACUCCGUUUAACUCGGUUUUCAUUUAAUUAAUGAUAUUUCUGUAAAAUCAUCAAUUUAUGCGAGUAGCUCUAAUAAUUUGAUCACCCACUGCAGUAUCACCCAAAUGUGUUUAACGAUAUAUGCGUGCAUACAGUGUAUAUACGGUACGAGUUAAGUUACAGUGAUAUCUGCAUCAUUAAGCGGAGAGAAUGUGAAAGAAAAUGUACAAUGUGCAAUAGUAAGGAUUAACAGAGGUAAACAGUAAACGAAACAGAGGAAAAGGAAGAAUCUGUUAAUUUUAUGAAUAUUUAUGUUUGUGUGUACAACGCUAUGGGAUUUUAGUAUAUCCGGUAUGCUUGUAUCUUAACUAGAAAGUUUUCUUAAAACGAAAAUGUAUAUAUAUAACAUGUAUGAUGUACGAGGAAAAAAUACCAGUAUGUGUGUUCAAUUAAUGAAUUAUUGAAGCUUUUUAAACCACUGAAUAAUAUUUUCUUAUCGAACACAUGUGAACAACGGAAGAUACAAGAGGAAUUCCGUUCGUUCGAAAUGUUUUCUCAAGCAAUAGUAUUUUUCACGAGAGAAUAGUACCAUCGGAUGAACGAAUUUUGGUUUUGUUUGCGCAUGUUGGCUCUGAUUGGUUCUGCUACGCUCCGUUACCAAGGUAACGCGCAAGCGCCGUACGGCUGUAAGCCACGCUGGGCAGAAAGUAUAUCCGGUGAUCAUAACCUUGUGAAUUAUGAUUCACUACCUCUGUCCUAUGUAUAAGCCGUUCCUACAUUAGUAUAUUUUGUCCACCGUGUAUAUGGCGGAAGCAAUGGGAAGUAAAUUACGGUGGGGGAAUUUUCUAUUUAGUCGAGCUGCGCGAAAUGGUACUAUUCUCUCGUGAAAAAUACUAUACGAAAAGAAAAGCGACUAACAAGGUCUAGUUUUAAUCUCAAAUCCACGUUUUUAUGAAAACCAUACCUAUUCCAUAGGUACUUUACUGCCCAGUAGCAAAAUUUUCACUUCGAACAUGAAUAUAACUGAUAUUUAAUAUGCCUAUUGUAAGGCCUUUUUUAUGUUUAAUGUAUCGUCCUCGACUAAUAUUGUUCUUAAUAACACAAAUAUCGGUAUUAUUAAUGAUGUUGAAUCGACUCUACGCGUGUAUGUAAUGCAGUGAAAUGUGAUACGCCUACAAUUGUUUAGAUAAUAUUUUUUAAUUUCGUUAACACACUUAUGUAUGUACUAUCCAACAGAAACGAACAUUUCUGUUCCGUCGCGAUAACAAACGUUAAAUGAUACAGUUACGUUUUAUACGAUUGUUUAUUUUAGUUUGCUUCAUCGUCAAUAAUCGAAACGCAAAAUAUGCAAAAUCUUUGUAAGGGAAAAAUAUGUAUAAGAAACAGUAACAUAUAGUAAACAAUUGCUAUCGUUAGUUGUUCGUACCGUCUUUUGUACGACAGUGUAUCAAAUGUACAGAGCUGAAAUAGAAAGUAAAUAACGAUAAGAAUAUACACAUGAACAUACACGCAUAUACGAAAGGAAAGAAAAUAAAUAUAAAAAUCUUA